AUGGCACCCGAGAUGUCGAGCAAACGCGGCGUUCCAUACGAGAUCUUCCUCGGCAUCAUCGAUAUGCUCAUCUCUGAAGCCGCAGCGCAUGCAAAUCCUUACAAGUUCUCGCUCACAUACAUGUACGAGUCCCCAACCAAAAUCGCAAUCAACCCAUUUCCGCCUCCUCUAUCUCCUAAUGCCUCGAUUGGCCCGGAGGAAAUCACGAGAGAACGCUUUUAUGACAUUCGUCUGGCUUCCCAGAUCAACCGCAAGACACGAGGCCUAGUUCACAAGACCUUCCGCCGAAUUCCGAUGGACCCCUACCCCUUCAUCAACGCCUGGAUUCUUCCUGAAAUCGACGACUUCAUCCCGCUCAACUUGAGAGACAUCGAAUACGAUUACCUUGACCAAGGGUACGAUCAAGCAAUCUUCCUGCCUACUCCAUCGGGACACAUCGCGCUUGAAGCCAUCCAGCGCAUCAAUCUUCCUGCCUGGGAAUAUUUCAAACCUUCAAACGCCAUCCGUGUGGCCACACUUCUCGCCCUUCCCAACCUGAAGCAGAUCUCGGUUGAAAUUGGCGGUAUCGAUCCUCAACAAGGCUUCGGAAAUGUCCACCAUGGAAUCAGACCACUUGAUGAGAAGAGGUUUUACUCGCUCGCCAAGUGGAUGCGGGACGUCCCCCAACUUCGAGGUUUGUGGGCCCCUUUCAAAAAGAAGGGUGUGAAGCUGUACGCGGAAACAAGUUUCACCGGCAUCAUGCUCCUGGAGCUAUAUCCCGCCAAGAAGAAGAUGAAUGCUCGAUACCUGCGACCGAACUGCGACUGCGAUGAGUGCAGGGCCAUCCAGCAAACGGCGCCUUGA